AUGUGGAACCAAACAAUCGAUGGGUUCAUGAUCAAGAUGGGAUUCAAGAAGUGCGAAUCGGACCACUGCAUCUACAUCAAGCGAGACGACCAAGACAUGAUUCUCGUGGUACUCUACGUCGAUGAUCUCAUCCUGGCCAGCAGCAACAACGAACUCCUCAAGUCAACCAAGAUGGCGCUGAGCAAACGCUUCGAAAUGACGGAUCUCGGUGAGCUCUGA